AAUCUUUGAUCUCAGCAACGUCAGAGGAGGGUUGGGCAAGAAAAAGCUGCAAUCGAAAUAAAGCCCCAUCUGGACAUGUUACAACAGGAUCCCAACAGCAGAGCAGAGGCAGAUCAGUGGGAGAGAGGAGGAGGAGGAGGAGAGAGGGGGAGAGAGAGAGAGAGAGAAAGAGAUAAAAGAAAGACAAAAAGAAAGGGAAAGAGAGAGAGAAAGCUAGAAAGAAAGAAAGAAAGAAAGAGAGAGAGAGAGAGAGAAAAAGAAAGAAAGAGCAAAGGAAAAUGAGUUAAAAUAAAACCAGCAGUGCCAUCAGAUUCCCAAGCCUUCUUAUUUUCCCCUAAUAGAAUAAAUUCCCUCAACACCCACCCACACAACCCACUGCAUCUCAACCACAGUGCAACUCAAGAGAGGAGCAGAGAGAGAGAGAGAGAGAUAGAAAUAGAGAGAGAGAGAGAUAGAAAUAGAGAGAGAGAGAGAUAGAAAUAGAGAGAGAGAGAGAGAGAGCAACAAUGAAUGAGCAGAACGUCCUUAAGGAAGGGCUGUUGGAGAAGAGAAGCGAUGGUUUGCUGCAGCUUUGGAAGAAGAAGAAUUGCGUGUUGACAGAGGAAGGUCUGUGUGUCUCUGACCCCAAGACCAGUCGGGGAUCCAAGUGCAAAGUGCUGCCCUUCCAGAGCAUGAAGACAGUGGACUGUGUGGAGAGGAAGGGCAGGUAUGUCUACUUCACGGUGGUGAUGAUGGACAACAGGGAGAUUGACUUCAGGUGUCUGGGAGACACCACCUGGAAUGCGGAGAUCACCCUGGGCAUGGUUCACUUCAAAAACAGGCAGGCCAUCCAGUCGGUGAAAUCCAGGCAGCUGGCGCACAUCUGCACGCCCAAAGCCAUCAGUGCCAUGUCCUGAAUCCUCAAUCCCAUCCCUUCCAGCCCUGCGGACAAGCGAGGUAUUAUUGAUGUGCAGAAGUGAAGAGCGAAAACUGAGCAGAAUGACUGAAAAUGCAUCUGAAACCAUCAGAAGAUGAUACCUCAGUUCAGCCAAGCGACAAUCAUACAUCAAAACGGGAGAAUUUCCCCCCCAAAAAGGACUGCGUUGUAAUUCUCUCGAGGAAUACAUUCAUUCGUCACAAUGCAGUUCUGUGUCUUAAUUUUUUAAAAUUAUUUAUUAUUGAAUGACCAAUACCCAUUGUACGGAUAACAUGGCAAUUUCCAUUUACAAUGCAUUGUGAAAUCACUCAUGCCUACUUAUAUUUAUUGAGAUAAAACAUGUUGUGUUUUAAAUGCUUGACAUUGUGUUUGUACUCUACCAAAUGGAAACCUUACGAUUGACAGAGUGAGGUUUUUCUUUUGGUUUGUGCUAACCUGUAAAUAGAGAUGCGAAUGGUAAAUGAUGAAUGUUAUAUAUGUGCAUAUAUAUAUCUACAGCUGACAGCAGAAUAUCCAAUCUACCAUUGAAUGCUAUGCCAACGUGGAUCACAGUAGAUUGCUGGGCAUUUAGAAUAAAGUGCUUUUGGCUUACA